AGAAAAGGGGAAAGUAUUGUUCGUCGAGGGAAAGGGGGGUUACUGGCGAUCUCGGGGCGGGAGGGCGAUUUCGAGGGAGAGUCGACGGAAUAUUAAGCUAUUUUAUCCGGGAAAUAAUUUGCCGUCGCCGGUGGAAGCUUGUACGGUUGUCGAAUAGGAUUUUUUUCUUCCGAUCGGGCGGUGUUGUUUGUGCUGAAGAGAGAUGGUGAAUUCCGUGGUGGCGCGUGCUACGAGCGAUAUGUUGAUUGGUCCAGAUUGGGCCAUGAACAUCGAGAUCUGUGAUAUGCUGAACCACGACCCUGGGCAAGCGAAAGAUGUGGUUAAAGGUAUAAAGAAACGCCUUGGAAGCAAGAACGCAAAAGUCCAACUUCUUGCCUUGACGCUUUUGGAAACGGUCAUUAAGAAUUGUGGGGACAUUGUUCAUAUGCAUGUGGCAGAGAAGGGCCUUCUUCAUGAUAUGGUAAAAAUGGUGAAGAAGAAGCCUGAUUUUCGCGUCAAAGAGAAGAUAUUGAUUCUGAUAGAUACUUGGCAAGAAGCUUUUGGAGGACCUAGGGCAAGAUAUCCACAAUACUAUGUCGCAUACCAGGAGUUGUUGCGUGCUGGGGCAGUUUUCCCCCAGAGGUCUGAGAGCUCUGCACCUGUAUUCACCCCACCACAAACACAACCGUUGGCAUCUUAUCCUCCAAAUCUACGGAAUACUGAACGUAAUCAGCAGGAUAAUGCCGAGACCUCUUCUGAGUCUGAUUUUCCGACCUUAAGCCUGACUGAAAUUCAAAAUGCCCGUGGAAUUAUGGAUGUCCUUUCAGAAAUGCUUAAUGCAUUAGAACCAGGGAAUAAAGAGGCUAUUAGACAGGAGGUUAUUAUUGAUUUGGUUGACCAGUGCCGUACUUAUAAGCAGAGGGUGGUUCAUCUUGUUAACUCAACUGCGGAUGAAUCACUACUUUGCCAAGGACUUGCACUUAAUGAUGAUCUGCAGAGGCUUCUUGCGAGGCAUGAAUCCAUUUCUUCUGGAAAACCUGUUGUUCAGAAACCAAAGUCUGAAUCUCCUACAGCACUCGUUGAUGUAGACCGGCCUCUUAUCGACACUGGAGAUAACAGCAAACAGCCUGAGAAUAAAGCUGCCUCAACUGCCGUCGAAGGUUCUCAAACCCUGAACCAAUUGCUGCUUCCUGCACCUGCUGCAACUAAUGGUCCAGCACCUCCAGCUAAAGUUGAACCCAAUGUGGAUCUGCUGAGCGGUGACUUCAAUUCACCAAAGGCAGAGACUUCAUUGGCUCUUGUUCCUCUUGAAGAGCAACAAGCCAAUCCUCCUGUAUCUGAUCAAAAUGCUCUUGUUCUUUUUGACAUGUUCUCGGAUGGUAACAAUGCCGCCUCUAAUCCUGCAAAUCCUCCUCCUAUCAGUCCUGGUGCGCAACCCCACCCACCUUCCCAAUUUCAACAGCAGCAACCUCACCCACCUUCCCAAUUUCAACAGCAACAACCGCCAAAUGUUCACUCACCACAAGGUGGAUAUUAUCCAAAUGGGAAUGUCGCGAACAUGGGUUCGCCUAAUUAUGAGCAAUCGAUGUACAUGCAGGGGCCUGGUUCUUCCUGGAAUGGUCAAAUUCCUCAGCAGCACCAACAACAGCAGCCCUCUUCACCUGGCUAUGGUUCGCAAACAACUGGUUCAUUGCCACCUCCACCAUGGGAAGCUCAGUCUUCUGAUGGUGGCAGCCCUGUAGCAGGAUCUCAUUACUCUCAACCGAUGCAGGUUACUACUCAGGUUAUUGUCUCACACGGACUCAGUGGACAUCCCCAGGGACCUCAGUCAAUGGGGAACGAGGUUGUAGGUGUAGGAAUGUACAUCCAACCGAUAACAAGUGGUCACUUGUCUAACAUGAAUAGCCAUGUUAAUCCGAACCACCAGUUGGGGCUGCACCCACAGCAGAUCCCGGGUAUGCAAAAUGUGGGUAUGCCAAUGUCUCCACAACAAGCGCAAGCUAACCAGAUGCCACAACCCUAUUACCCUCAACAGAUGUAUGGAAACCAAAACCCAUACAACACUGGCUAUGGCUAUGGCUAUGGUCAUGGUCAACAACCGCAAGUCCCACAAUAUCUCGAGCAGCAAAUGUAUGGCAUGUCCGUUCGAGACGAUAUGAGUAUGAGCCAUUCGUCUUCUCAGGCUUCGGCUUUAUCAUAUCUGCCUCCCAUGAAGCCAGCCAACAAGCCAGAGGAUAAACUGUUCGGGGACCUCGUCGACAUCGCUAAAUUCAAACCUGGAAAGUCCACUCCUGGCAGAGCUGGCAGCAUGUGAAAUCAUCAGAACCCAUUUUUCCUUCGCUUGUUUAAUGCCUUCCCCUGUUUUACAUUGCAUUCAUAUAGUGUUUGCCUUUUAGCCCUUCAUUCUUGUUGCCUGUUUGAGUAUUGAAAUCGUGUACAUUUCUUGUAGAGGGAUGGAAAAAGGAAAAAAAGCCUUGGGAGACCACCUGCCCUGAAAUUGGACUUCUGUUGAUUUUUUUUCCCUUUUCUUUUUUAAUAAAUAAUUUUAGUGUAAGCUUCA